AUGGGAGCGUCGGACUUGAGUGUCGUCAGCCCGCGGGCCUUCGUAGGUCGAGAGGCCAACGCCAGCAACGAUAAUAACGACGAUGUGCGGUCGAUCUGGUCCGAAAAGAGCACUCAUAUAGACGGACAGAAUGACUUGCGGUUUUGGAAGUCAAACUCGCAGCACAAUGUCGCUUCCCCGGACGACCAUCGAGAGUCGAACGCCCCUGACGAAUCCCCCGAUCGACCGACGACGCAGUUCAGUUUCUACUCCCCCGGGCUGGAAUACGCCAUCCAUGCAUCCGAUCUGAAAUCCUUGGCUACAUCGCAUCAGCCAGUGAGCAACCUGUUGGAAAAUGGGGAGACCGGGGACGUAUGGUGGAUAGAUGCCACUGCACCAUCCAUGGAAGAUAUUGAAUGGCUCUCCAAAGUCUUCGGGAUCCAUCCACUGACGACGGAGGAUAUUGGAGUACAGGAGACAAGGGAAAAAAUCGAGCUGUUUGGCCAUUACUACUUUGUUUCACUACGGUCGUCCCAUCCGAAUCAAAAGGCCGGAGGGACAAGUUGGUCGAUUCUGAACCAGUAUGCCCUCGUCUUCAGGGGAGGCAUUAUCAGCGUCACAUUUGGACCUAGUCCCCAUGCGGCGAAUGUACGCAGUCGGAUCAUGGAGCAUAAGAGUCACCUGGCGUUGACCAGUGACUGGAUAUGUUAUGCACUUAUUGAUGAUAUCGUGGACGGAUUUGGUCCGUCGAUUCGCAAGGUCCAGCAAGGUAUCGAGACCAUGGACGACAGCUUUGCGAUCACGCGUCCGGAUGAUAUCAGUCUGGUGCUGCAACAGAUCUACAAGUGUCGCAAGGAGAUUAUCCGCAUUCGCCGUCUUCUGACCGACAAGACUGACGUGAUCAAGAGUUUCGCGCGGCGCUGCGACGAACGCUGCUUCAUUACGCCGUCGUGCGAAGUCGUGGUGUAUCUCAGUGAUAUUCAAGAUCACGUCCUGACGAUGAUGUCCAAUCUGGCCCACUCAGAACAAAUGCUGUCCGGAUCGCAAAUGAAGUAUGUGGAGCAGUUGUCUAUGGACAAUAACCGCACGCGCAACACGACACUGGACACGCUGAGCAAACUUACGGUACUAGGGACCAUGUUUGUGCCGAUGCAAGCGCUCGUCAGCUCGUUUGGCAUGAACGUAGAGGUUCCGGGGAAGGAGGUUCAUGGGGUGGCUUGGUGGUUUGGGAUUAUUGGAGGAUUGGCUACUGUGGUGAUUGUAUGUUUGGCAUUGGCGAAAUUAAGACGAUGGAUAUAA